UAAAAAGCAGAAGUAGUGCAGUCAACCUCAAACUAAAAACUAGUGUUAGAAUACUAAAGAGAAAACAGAGAAGUAAGAGAGAAUAGGGUUGCGUGUGGUUAAGUUUUUUUACCUUUGAACUUGAACCGGAAAAGUUGCUGUCUUGUAAGUUGUAAUCUUUAUCUUUGAACUAGAUUUAUAAGAUCUCUUAUCCUGCUAGUAUAUAAUAUGUAUCAACCUUGAAAGAUCAAUAGAGCACAUUGAUUGCAUAUUGAAAAAUGGCCAGCCUACAUGAAGUUGAAGCUAGAAAAUUAAGAGACUUUCAUGGGCAGAGUUUGUUUAAUUCAACAGAGACAGCCGGAAAGAUCAUUACUUGCAAAGCUGCGGUGGUGAGAGGCCCGCAACAACCCUUUCUUCUUGAAAAGAUUCAAGUUGAUCCUCCUCAAAAAAUGGAGGUCCGAAUCAAGAUCCUCUAUACUUCAAUAUGUCAUACUGAUCUUAGCGCUUGGAAAGGCGAGAACGAAGCUCAACGAGCAUUUCCACGAAUCUUAGGCCAUGAAGCAGUCGGAAUGGUUGAGAGCGUGGGAGAAGGUGUGAGAGACAUGAAAGAAGGAGAUUAUGUGAUUCCGAUCUUCAAUGGAGAAUGUGGACAUUGCGAAUACUGUAAAAAUGAAAUGACAAAUCUGUGUAAAAAGUUCAGGGUUAACCCGUACAAAAGCGUAAUGGAAAAUGAUGGAAAAUGUAGGUUUUCCACGAAAGAAGGAGAACCCAUUUUUCAUUUUCUCAACACCUCCACUUUUACUGAAUACUCGGUGCUUGACUCUGCUUGUCUUGUCAAGAUUGAUCCAAAUUCUCCACUCAAGAAGAUAAGCUUGUUAAGUUGUGGCGUAUCCACAGGGGUGGGAGCUGCGUGGAAUGCUGCCAACAUACAAGCUGGAUCAACUGUUGCAAUUUUUGGUUUGGGUGCUUUGGGACUUGCAGUUGCAGAAGGAGCUCGAGCUAGAGGAGCAUCACAAAUCAUAGGCGUUGAUGUCAAUCCAGAAAAAUUCACCAGAGGUAAAGCAAUUGGAAUGACAAAAUUUGUAAACCCAAAGGAUGAAUCAAAGCCAGUUAAUCAGAUAAUUAGAGAAAUGACAGAUGGAGGUGUAGAUUACAGCUUUGAAUGUACUGGAAAUUUAGAGGUUCUUCGAGAAGCUUUCUUGUCCACUCACGAUGGAUGGGGAAAGACAGUGUUGGUAGGAAUUUAUCCAAGUCCGAAAAUGUUACCUCUCCAUCCAAUGGAGUUGUUUGAUGGCCGGAGCAUGGUCGGAACAGUGUUCGGGAACUUCGUAGGAAUUUAUCCAAGUCCGAAAAUCCAAUUGCCUCAACUUGCUAGAGAAUGCAUGAGAGGGGUCGUAAAUCUUGAUGGUUUUAUAACACAUGAACUUCCUUUUGAAAAGAUUAAUGAAGCUUUUGGGUUGCUCAGGGAUGGCAAGGCUUUGAGAUGUCUUCUAUACCUUUGAUUAUUUUUCUUUCCAUUUUAAUUAUCUGUUGUUGCUACAAUCAUCUUGGAUCUAUUUUUCAUUUCUGUUUUA